UCCAUACAAUUUUAAUCAAUUUUUAUUUGUUUAUACUCAUUUAUUUACAAAAGUGAUAAGCUCUGUCGUGUAUGAAAAGUGUAUAAUUAAAUUUUAUUGCAAUUUUUAAACAAUUAUCUUAUUGCAAUUUUUAAUUAUUACGAGUUAAAAAAUUUUAUUAGGAAAAUUCCAAAAAUGAGUGCUAAGCAAAUAGCGCGUCGUCAAGCGAUUCCAGUUCUGUACACCAGAGGAACUCAUUACGACGUGGGCUUCGAUAUGGGUCGCACAUUUGGUUCUGUUAUUAAAAGUUUUUUACAACUGUCCGGUCCUUUAAAUGAAAGCUAUUUACCACUUUACAACACAGAGAAGGGAAAAAAUGUCUAUAACGAAACAUUGGAGAGCGUGAAGAAUUCAUUUCCACAGUAUAUUAGAGAACUGGAAGGCGUUGCUGAUGGAGCACAAGUGGAGUUUCAUAAGCUCUUCCUACUUCAUAUGGAUGAAAUACUACCUCAAAGUCUUAAACACCAAAAGACAAAAAAUCAACCAACUGGAUGUUCCACAAUAAUACUGAAUACCGAUAAAAGUAGAGUUCUGGCUCAUACCGAGGAUGCCCUAACGGAGACAUUAAAUCAUUAUUAUUUCGUGGUUGCGCAUAUCAUCAAUGAAACACCACAAGGAAAAUACAAUGUUAAAGAAGAACGUUUUAUGUCUCUUUGCUAUGCGGGUCAUUUGCCUGGAUAUACAAUGAGCUACAAUCACCACGGUUUAGUAUUCUCCAUCAACACUGUAUCAGCUGAAGUACUAAGAAGUGGCAAAACUCCACGUCACUUCAUAACAAGAGCGUUACUUAGUGCCCAAAACUCUGAACAAGCUUUUAAUAUAAUUAGAGAUAAAGGCGUUGGCGCUGGCGAUGGUUGUUCCAUUAAUAUGACACUCUUAAAUGAAAAUCCAAAAAUAUGUUAUAAUAUAGAAAUGGCGCCAUCACUUGGUGACUUCAAAGAGUCUUUAAUUGAUAUUAAAAAAAUUUCAAUUGGUGAACAUAACUACCAUGCAAAUCAAUACGAACGCCUUAAACUUGAUCAAGCGAAUGAAUUAAUGAUUGCCUCCAGUGUAUCGCGAAUGAAAACCUUUGAAAAUUACAAUCCACCAACUAGUAAACAGGAGGUUAUCGAUAUGCUAGGUGAUUGCAGUGGUGGUGAACAUUGUGUUUUCCGUGAGGACAAUACAUUGGAACAAGCGGUUAAAACAAUUGCAGUGGGUGUAUUCGAUUUGAAUGAGAAGACCUUUGCUCUGUACUCAGACAAUCCAAAAACUCAUGAACCACACGUCAUAUUACCACUAAUUUUAAAAAAGUAAAGAACAAAUAUUGAAGAGAACUUACUUAGAUGUAUUUAUCAUUGAAACGGAAUUAUGAACAUUUUUAUUUUUUUCUUACUCAUAUAUGUAUUAUUACUGAAUCCAAAUGCUCAUUACUAAUGUAGUUAACAAGAUUAUGAUUAUUUUUAUUUUAUAAAAAUUA